AAAGAUCAGUUGGUUGCAAGUUGCGAGCCGGCGGUGGUUUUCAGUUUUAGCGUCGGUUCCGUCGCGCUGCUGCGCUGAACCGACAGGCGGAAAAGCUCGCGCUGUGUUGUGUGCUUUCACGGGCUCCCGUUCGGUCCAAAGGCCGAAGCCGCGCAGACGACCAUUGGGAUGCUGCAGAGAUGAGAGGACUUCUACGGCGCUGACCAAGGCUGUCGCCACGGGCUCGCUUCCACCGGCAUAAUGGGCGACGACACGAGCGUUCGGGUGGCCGUCCGGGUGCGACCAUUGAUCUCCCGGGAAGUGAUAGACAUGUGUCAUGCCUGCACCAGUGUCACCGCCGGCGAGCCUCAAAUCUGGGUGGGCAAAGAAAAGGCGUUCACCUUUGACCACGUCUUUGACUGCCCCUCGGAGCAAGAGACAGUGUACAACUCUUGUGUCCGCCAACUUAUUGAUGGGUGCUUCGAAGGAUACAAUGCCACAGUACUUGCCUACGGCCAGACUGGAUCUGGCAAGACUUACACAAUGGGCACUGGUUAUGACCUGCACGUAAAUCCUCACGAGCAGGGAAUUAUACCACGAGCCGUGCAACACCUCUUCGAUGGCAUCACUGCUCGCCAGCAAGAAGCACGAGACCAAGGAAACCCUCCUCCAGACUUCAAGGUCAAUGUGCAGUUUAUGGAGCUUUACAAUGAGGAGAUCUUUGACCUCUUGGGCCCUGGCAAAGGCACGCACGAUCCGGGUAGGAAUUCCGUAAAGAUUCACGAAGACUCAAAGGGAGAGAUCUACACAGUUGGUGUGACGGUGAAGGCUGUACAGAAUGCAGAACAGGUUAUGAAGUGCCUUGAAUCGGGGGCUCUCUCUCGGACAACAGCCAGCACCCAGAUGAAUGUACAGUCGUCUCGGUCACAUGCCAUCUUCACCCUGCACAUAAAGCAGCAGAGGGUGGUUCAAUUAAAUGUAGAAGAUGGUGAUGCAGAGGACGAGGAGGAGGACAAUGCCCUUGCUAAGGUCAAUGGGGAAGGUUCAUCAAUCAACGAAUUCGAAACCCUCACAGCGAAAUUCCACUUUGUAGAUCUGGCUGGCUCAGAACGACUAAAACGUACCGGUGCCACUGGGGACAGGGCUAAGGAAGGGAUCUCCAUAAACUGUGGCCUUCUUGCACUCGGCAAUGUCAUCUCUGCCUUGGGUGAUGCAUCGAGGAAAGUGCUGCACGUCCCCUACCGAGACUCCAAGCUUACGAGGUUAUUACAGGAUUCGCUAGGAGGAAACAGUCGUACCCUAAUGAUCGCCUGUGUGUCGCCAUGUGACCGGGACUUCAUGGAGACAUUGAACACCCUGAAGUAUGCCAAUCGAGCAAAGAACAUCAAAAACAGGGUUACUGUGAAUCAAGACAAGUCAAGCCAGACCAUCACAGCCCUUAGACUGGAGAUCCAAGAACUGAAGUUGGAGCUGAUGGAAUACAAGCAGGGCAAACGUUUGGUUGGAGAAGAUGGCACAGAGCAGGUGAAUGACAUGUUCUAUGAGAACACCAUGCUCCAGACAGAGAACAACAAUUUCCGCACACGUAUCAAGGCCCUUCAAGAGACGAUUGAGCGGCUCACUGUUAAAAAUACUGAGCUUCUGGCUGAACAAGCGGCUGGGGCAUUCGUUGGCCAUGGGGAUUCUGACAGUGACGACAGUGUCAAGAACCUUAUCCAGGGAUACUUGAAAGAGGUUGAAGAGCUCAGGACCAAGCUCAUGGAGUCUGAAGAGGUGUGUGCCCAACAACGAAAGCAGCUUCAGCGCUACCAGGCUCGCCUCAGCAUAUCUGGCAACACAACAGUUGCUGUGAGCGGCAUCUACGACAUAGGCUGUACUGUCGAAGAGACCAGUGUAGAAGACGUGCUUGCAGAGGCAAAGCGUGAUGUUGAGAACCUGAAGCGAAAGACGAAGAAUUUGUCAUCCAAAGCGAGCAAAGAGGAGGAGGACAGUGAGAAGAAGUCUGAUGCUGAUGAGGACACUGCAGAGAUCAGUGGGAACAAUGAGAGCUCAGACUCCGAAGCCGAGGAACUAGAGGAAGAUGAAUCGAUUGGCAAGGACCUGGCGACGCUUACCACCGAGAUCUCAUUCAAGCAGAAGCUCAUCGACCAGCUGGAGCAGAGCCAGCGCAGGCUACAGACAAUGCGCAUGCACUACGAGGACAAGCUGAUGCAGCUGCAGCAGAAAAUACGCGAGACUGAGAUAGAGAGAGAUCGCAUUCUCUCCAACAUGAGCUCGGCUGGCGCAUCAAAGGACACCGACGAGAAAGUGCGCAAGAUUAAGAACGACUUUGAGCGCAAGCUGAGCCAUCUGCAAGGUGAGCUCAAGAAGAUGCAGUCAGCCAAACGUGAACAUGCCAAGCUCAUGAAGAACCAGAGCGAGUAUGAGCGGCAGGUUCGCAAGCUCAAGCAGGAAAUGGCUGAGAUGAAGAAAGCCAAGGUGGCCCUGGUGACCAAGAUGAAGGAGGAGAGUCGGCGGCACCAGGAGGCUGAGAAGCGCCGCAACCGGCAGAUAGCGCAGAUGCUCAAGGAAAGCCGUCAGCAGGAGAACAGAAUCCGCUCCCUCGAGGCCCAGAAUCGCACCAAGGAGACGGUCCUGAAGCGGCGGCACGAGGAGAUGGCCGCCCUGCGCCGCCAGGCACGGCCCAUGUCACAGCGUGUUGCCGGGCGCGUUCCACUGCAGAACCAAGCUGUACGAAAGGUCCUGUUCUCUCCGAAAGUCGCUAAGCAGAGGUGGCAGACGCUUGAGAAGAAUAUUGACAAGCUGGUCUUGACAAAGCAAAGUGUCUACACCUUGGAGAAGGACAUGGAGCGAUCACUCCUGGAACGAGAGAAACUAACUCGCUACCUGGAAAAAAUGGUGCGGAAGCGAGACAGAGCACGUGAAGUCGGAAGAGACAUCCAGGACUUAGAUGACCAGAUUGAGAGCAUGAAGGCAAAUCUGGAUUACCUGAACGAGAACAUCCGGGAGUGCCAGGCUAGCAUCCUCCAAGUUGAGGAAACCAAAGAUGACACCGAAUGCCUGGAACUGGACACUGUUCUCAGUGGCAUGGUGGACACACAAUCUCGCUACAUGGUUGAGAAGCUGCUGCACAUGGCAAUAAACCAGAGUCUUCAGGCAGCGCAGAGCAAGAGCAAGGUCCAGGAGUUGGAGGCCAGGCUGGAACAGCUGGAGGUUAGCGAUGCCAUUCACCAAGACCUGCUGCAGCACACUAUGAACCGGAUACAGCUAGAGACCUUGGCGCCACCAAGCUGGUCAGAGGAACCGGAGAGUGCUCCCAGCACAAGGUCAUCAUCACCAACCGACAUGUCAACAUCCGAUGCUCUAUCCCAGUGCACGACGGCAACAUUUGCGAGGAGUAAGGCACGUCGCAAGACGGCCACACCUCAAGAGCUCCUCUACUACCAAUCCCCACCUGUCGACAUGUCGCUUCAGUCUCUCUCAGCCACCACAGAGGGCACUGGUAGUGACAUGACAUCAUCUCUCAUGACUUCGUCUGCCAUGACUUCAUCAGUUUUUGGUGACAUUCCGGACUCGAUGAUCAUGUCUCAUCCUGAUGGCGGCUGCCUCAACCUUGGAGUUGAUGGAAAUCUCCAGCGGGUGCUCAGUGCCCCAGGAUCUCUAAAAGAAGUGGGUGUUGACUCAAUGCCGCCUCCACGAGGUGUGCCCGGACUUCACCGGACCAAGCCUCCCACCAGGCGCUUUCCCCCCGACCUCUCUCCUCUGCCUAGGAGGAAACUCAUAAAUGCAAACUCUAACCAACAGUUAAGAAAAGAUGCUGGCAUCGAUGCCACACCACCGCCGUCACCCCCUGUAAAUCGGAAAGUGCGAGACAACAAUGUCUUCUCCAGGCUCACCAGCACAUCCACGAAUCCAUUAGUCAAGCCAGACAGAGGUGUGAUCAGCGUGUUUGAGGGAAAGCCAGGCUACUCGCGGAGCUCUCCUCUGGUCUGCACGCACGUGGCAGAGGGCCACAGCAAGGCUGUUCUCUCCCUGGCUGUCACAGAUGAUGUCCUGUUCACUGCUUCAAAAGACCGCACAGUGAAGGUCUGGAACCUGCACACGGGCCAGGAGAUUCACUGCCUGCGAGGCCACCCAGACAAUGUCGUGGCCGUGCGCUACUGUGAAUACCAGCGCCUUACCUAUUCAGUUUCCACGGCCUUCAUCAAAGUGUGGGACGUGCGAGAAAGCCCCGCCAAGUGCAUCCGCACCCUCUUCUCUUCAGGCCAGUGUAGCAGUGGGCCUGUUGUGGCAGAGUCAGCAUCUCGCAGCCUUCAGAUUCCACAAGGGGAGACGCGCAUCAAUACCAUAGAGUUGAGCCCAUAUGGUACCCUGCUUUUCUCUGCUGCUUCAAAUAUUGUUCGCAUCUGGGACAUCCGGAGGUUUGCCUGUGUUGGCAAGCUGGCAGGUGGACACCAGGCAGCAGUGAUGUGCAUGGCAGUAGACGAAGUGGAUAACGACUCCAGUCUUGUGAUCACAGGCUCCAAGGACCACUAUAUUAAGGUGUUUGAAAUCCCAGAGAGUGGGAGUGGGGUCUUGACCCCCAAGGUGAACCUGGAGCCACCCCACUAUGACGGGAUCCAGUGCCUUGCUGUCUACAAUGACUACCUGUUCUCUGGCUCACGCGACAUGUGCAUCAAGAAGUGGGACCUUGCCAAUCGGUGCCAUGUUCUGUCGCUGAACCAAGCCCACAAGGAUUGGAUCUGCGCUCUUAAUUUCAUGCACAAUGGUACUGCCCCACCCGUGCUACUGAGUGGCUGUCGUGGAGGCACGCUGAAGAUGUGGAACACCGAAAACUGCUCGCUUGUUGGCGAGCUUAAGGCACACGGUUCACAAAUCAAUGCCAUUGCCACAAACUCGUCCUGCGUCUUUACAGCAUCCAACAACAGCGACAUUAAGAUAUGGCGAACCCCGGGCUACUAUCUUGAAGCAGAGGUGUGCACCGAAGAUGCAGAGGGCAACAGCACCAAGUUUGGGCCUGGGACAGGCUAGGCCGCCUGCAGUCCGCUGCAUGUCAAACAAUAACGUCCGCAUCCCGUCCCAGUUUACUUUUGCUUAUGUGACACCUCGCACGAAAUAGCCAACCUGCACUAGUUAUAUUUAAUUUUUCUCAUUUGUGGUUUAGCAGUCCUUGCUCUUGUUUGUAUUUUACAUUUAUUUCAUGCGUUAUAUGCAUUAACUGCUCCAUAAAUGCAGCACAUUAGCAUUGUGCUUUACGAAAUCUGAUUUGGGACUAAGUGCUUUUAUGCAAUAUGCUCCCUUUGCUGUGAAACUCCCCAACCCCACUUUUUCUUUUUUUCUGAGUAAUGUAUAAUAGCGCAUAAGAAAGUGCGUAGAUUAACUAUCUUUGUUACUUCAUUAUGGUUCCCAGGCUUUGCCAUGACAGUUUAAAACUACCAACCAUAACAGUCAAAUUCCUUACAAUGGUAGCUAUGCUGUGAUGACGGUGGAAAAUGUGGAUUAUUCAAACAUUCCCAUAGCAACAUUGCCAGCAACCUUUUUUUUUGUGUGUGCUAGUACUUCGAAUUCUGCGCAGCGUAACAAGCUGCUUAAGCAUUCAUUUCACACGCCUUCAUAUUUACUUUCGACAUCAUUUGAUCAUUCCCCAACUCGGCUGUUAUUUUAAAUUUUUUUUAAUUACGCAAGAAAAUGCCCUCUCAUCUUUCAGUUUGUCUUUUUAAUUUUGCCAUUACAUCCUGCCUGCACGUUUAACCACAACAAUCUGCUUCCUUUCCAUCCCUGCCGUGCCCGCUCCCCCAUCUCCCACGCCUGCCACACUCUUCAAUUUGUGUCAAUGUCACCACCAACCAGCGACAACACCGUGCGAGUUUGGCAAGUGCGGAACAGCCUCGAAAUCUCUUCAGACCUCCCCGACUACUAGCGUCCAACGCCACGAGGAUAUGCCGGACGCUUAACCUACCUCCAAGGAUGAUGGCAACAACAUGCACCAGAGCUGCGCUGUGAUCGAAGUGGACUAUUGUUGUAGCGACAAGGGUUGUCGUUGCAGCAGCGCCCCCUGUCAUCCUUAAGUGUUUUUCAUUUUCACACGAACCAUUCCAAAUCAAAAACGCUUGAGGCAGCCCCCUUUAACACCUUUCUUCCACUUCCGCAAGUGCAUUUCGACUGCCCCUAGUCUUUCAUUUAUUUAUAGUUUCCUAUUUAAAGCGUCGUCCAGUUAUAAUAACUUUUAAUGUUUUUAAGUUUAUUAAGCUUUUAACGAGUUUGUUCCAAUAUUGACCAAAGCUGUUCUUGGCUGCCUCAGGAUCUUAGUUUUUCCUUUUUUCAAAAUGUUGCCGAUUUGUAGGCAUACAUUUUUAAAUCUGUGCAAGUUUGUGCUUUGGUUAAAAGCAAGAGCCUUUUAUUUCUCUUGAAGGGGUCCUGAACCACCUAUUAUCAGUUGAGAAAUGCAUUUGAAGUUAUAUUUCAGAAAUACAUUAGACUUUUUCAUAACUACUUUGCUGCAAAAAGUUCUUCAAUGCGUUGAGCAGAAAUGCAGUUAUUGGCAAUCAAACAUAGCGUUUGCGAUGCUUACACUCCUUAAAUGAUUUGCAUUGCAAAGGCUACGGCGAAGGUUGGGUGGGCCCACAAUGCUCUGCCUAAUGAACGUCACCGUGGCGCGCAGUCCAAAUUUGAUUUCGCUCGUUCACGUAAAUGUCACUACUUCCAAUUUUGGCCCCUAUGACGCGUCAAGCAUUGUCCUCAGCGAGCUGCAGUGCACUCGGCCAGUGGGCUCAUUGCAGCGCCCCGUGGCGGCCGCAGUAUCUACGCCAUGUAGCAGAUCGCAGCAGCAUGCAAUGGCAGCGUUUGCUUUGUGCAUUGCAGGGCUAUAUUGCACGCUCGCACUGAUAGGUCCUGUCUGGCUGUGCUAUGUGGUAUGGAGCAGCUUUGCCCUGCACCAGCAUGAUCGACAGAUAGUAGUCACUUCCAACUUGCACAUUUUGAAGCUGAUCAUGAAACGAAGUCUGCCAAGGUGUCUAACCAGUAGUGGCCAGGAGUGAGUGCGCGCUGGCAAGCGUGUGUGUGUGUGUUCUGACAUUUAAGUUUCGCAUGGUUCGAGGCUAGUUGAGUGUUCAAAACAAGCCAAAAUUAGCGAGACCUGACGGCUACGAGUUUAAUUCCAACAUAGGCGGCUGCUGCCGAGUGUGAGAAGACAAUAGUAGGCUUCUUCCGGAAGUAUGUAACUAUUAUUGAGAUUUGAAAGCAGAGUUAUGCUUACUUCAGCCUGUUUAUAAAACUUCGUCAGUAAAUAUACACAGUAACAGUAGGAAGAAGUGCACUGAUCCAAACACCCUUCUUGAUUGAUGUCAGCUACAGGCCAGUAGCAGCUGAAUAGGGAAUCCGCUAUAUUAUGAAAUAAAGCAUCCAGAAAAGAGUGAGGAGCAGACUUCUGUUGAAGAGAGUUUGAGAGAAAGGCGACUUCGUGCUCCGCUUGCGAGAUGUAUGUGCCGCGCGCAACUGCGAAAUGUUCACUGCUGAGAUGUUCACAGCAGCAUAUGCUAGCCAGUGACUUUCUUUCACUAAGCCCGAGGUGUGGUUCAGGGCUCCUUUAAGAUAUUUCUAAUCAAAACUUGUGAAUUUCAUUCUUUCAGCAACCUCACAAUUAUUUAUAUAUACUUCAACUAUCAUUAAUUUAUUAAUAUGUCAUAAUGUGUUGUGCUUAUUAGGCUGCGAGAAGAAAUCUCAUACUUAGCAAGGCUGCGCAUGCUGUGUGUGAACCAGAUGAAUCUUAUGUGCGAGUGGCUGCUUGAAUGCUAGAGAAAGUAGGUUAUUUUUAAAACUGCAAGGGAAUGUCUUGAUAUAGGAAGACCUAUGCCCACUAGCGAACGCCAGCAUAGGGUAAAAUUUCAGUGAUACAUUCCAGACGUGCAUAUUUUAUUUUAUUGGGUGAGCUAUUUAUUAAGCAAUAUAUUUCAUCAUGUAGCCAUUUACACUCUUUUACUCCGAAUAAGUGUUCCCCUUUUAUAUUUACAAACCGCGACAAAUUUUAGUGCCCUUGUAGUACCUGUCGAUGUAACGUCUGUUUUCUUGAGGACUUCAAAGACGUGAAAAGUGUUCUGUCUUGGCCAACAUUCCAGUGCUGAAAGUUCCCUACAUGUACAAAGUGUAAGUAGUCGAAUAAAGAAAUGAGGACUGCCUGUGGGUCCACUUGCUGA